UUGUCAUUCAACAGAAACCAUUCUAACAUAACGUUGUGUCCCAGCUUGUGCCUAAGGGGGAAAGAUAAAGAUUUAUUCUGAGAAACAAGUCACGACCAAUCACAACUAAAUCUUAACCCAGGCAUUUCAGUUUUGCUUUAGCAUUUAGACAUUAACAAUGGCAAUGAAUGCCAAAAGGCCAAGGCUGGAUGAAGCCCCCACUUUGCUUAUACGGAUUUGUGAUGCAUUUGUCCGGACACCAGUGAAUAUUAUAAGCCCUAUCAUAAAAGCAAAAGCUUCAGUGCGCGUCUUUUACAAACUUCAAGGCCAUUUACUGGAGAAAAUACUACGUGAAACAGGAGAAGGAUUUGGUUUGGAGUUAUCAAAUAUCCUCUGGCGCCAACUUACUGAGAACAGCCACAGCAACACUGAAGGCAAUAUUUUCAUAGAGUAUAGGGCAUCCAAGCCACUGGACACAGAUACAUUUGCCUUAUAUAAGGACUGCAUAGAAAAACAGUUGAAAGAAUCAGGAAUAAGAAAUGUUUUAAUACAUCAAGUGAAGGAUCAGAUAACAGUUUGCCAGCCUUUAAUAACAGAGAUUGACUACAGGAUACAUAAGGUAACAUCCACAUAUCAGCGCCAGUUGGUAGGAGAUGGAAACCUGGUAGAUGCAGAAUUGCACAGCAUCCAAACACAGCUUGCAGAACUGCACCAAAACCCAAUUCAGGUGGCAGUAUUUUCACAUAAUGGUGUGGGAAAGAGUUUCCUUCUCAAUCUGUUGCUGCUACUGACAGAAGAAAACAAGGAGGAAUUGGAGGCUAACGGACUGAAGAAAAUACAAACAUUGCAGGCCAUUGAUGAACAUGCAGAAGUUAGAAUGGUGAAGGAUGAUUAUUGUACAGAGCUGCCAGAAGCAAUACAAGAUUUUAUUAAAGACCUUAAUGGCGAUGAGAGAAACUUCAAGAGUUUAGUGGGAUCUAUCUGCCAUGAGUUAAGAUUUACAAAUCAAGAGGAAUCAAGAGAAAAUGCAAAUUCCUUUGGAAAUCUCAGGGACUAUUUUACAGACCAAAAGAGGAUUAGCAUCGAGCCUUACUUGCUGCCACAGAAAGAGAUAUGUUAUUCUUAUAAUUCCACAACAAAAUGUAUAUUCAGUCUAAGAUAUGGGGCCUCCUUUCAAAUGAGAGUGGAUUACCUGGACAAGAAACAAAUACAAAAUCAGUUGUUUGAGCUCAAAUUUCUAGAGCCAGAAAUGAGAACAAUGGAAUCUGAUAAUGAAAUAAAACAAAUGGCUUUUGAGUCACUGAAGGCACGAGCCGCUGUAUUGACUGCAUAUGCUUUCCCUGAAAAUGAUGAGCAAGCACUCAGGAACAUCCUGUGUUCUAUAACCCAUCCUGAAGAUGUUAAUAUAUCCAGAGAAGUUGAAGCAUUUGCAGGAAAAACAGAAAUAUAUCUUGGGAAAGGGGAAAAUGCUUCAGAAGAAAGGCUGGCUCUUCAGAAACUCCUCCAAGAGUUUACAUUACAAAAUGAAGCUACAUCUGACCUCAUGAGCAAAAAAAUUGCAGCAGUUAAAAGCAUUGUGGUUUAUGUGCCCAGCAAACUCCUGCAUAGCGGGAUAGAAAUGGUGGAAAUGCCGGGAACUGACCAUUCUGACCCACUGGUGUUCAGCUUUAUACAAGAUGCUCUGGACACAGCCGAUGCCUUACUUCUGCUGUCUGAGUUUGCCUUUGUCGUUACUGGAAAAGAAGUUAAAUACAUGCUUAAACACAGUGGUUUCUUUAAAAAUUGGCUAAAGGAUUCGCAAGAAUAUAAACUGAUGUUCCUUUCUUAUCCAGAAAAGUAUCAAAAAUAUCAGUUUGGUCAAAGUGACCUUAUCAAACUACAGAAGAUGGAAUGUGAAGAGGAAAAGAAAAGAAUGAGGGAAUUAGAGGAGCUUUCCAGAAUAAUGUACCCGAAUUCUUUGACCCCAAAUAUGACAAGAAAUAUAGUUACUUCAACAAUGUUACCAGUGUUGCACACAUCAAUCCACGCACAAGAGGGAAUGCCUCAUGAACUAAUUGGAGAAUAUGCAAGAUUUUUACAAUACACUGGAAUUCAAACUUUAUUUGCCCAGCUUGAUCUCUUUAUUCUGAAAAGAAAACAAAUUCUUUUAGAAGAGCUUGAAAAUAAACUGACUGAUUUUGAAAAAAAGAAAAGCAAUGAAUCAAAUAAGGGACCCAGAAACAGCGCUGGAUGUAGCCCACAAAAGCCAGAUAUUAUACAAGAAUCCUUUUUGAAGAAAAAUGAAGACCUUUUCAAUGGCCUGAAACAAACACAAGAAAGAAUAAUUAAUGACACCAUCAACUCCACACUAACAGAUUUAAUGCUACAGUCGGCCACAAAUGCCAUAAAAAUGUGGGCUGAAAAUGAGAGAAAAAUUACAGAUCCUGGGAUCUUCAAUCCAGAAUACAAAGGCAAACAUCCAGCUUUUCAGGUGAAAAUGCACGAUUUGUUGUUCGGCGAUCUUGCCGAAAAGUUAUCAGAAGUUUUUCAGAAACUUAUUAAGGACCUUAAGCAAGUAUUUGAACAAUACAAGGACAAGACAAUAGAGUUGUUUAGGAAGGAGCUCAACAGGCGGCCAAGUGAAGAGAGGAUUGGGGGGUCCUUGGAAUUUGCUUUGAAUUGGCUUUUUGGGGCAAGAAGAUCAUCUUUAAAUGAACAGACCUUACAGAGAUCUUUUGAAUGCAAGUUUAAGGAGUGCUUAAGAACACACAUUCUGGAACCUGCCUAUAGGGACAACAUUGAAAAUACAAAAAGAAAAAUGAACAGCCAAAUAAGACUUGUUUCACAGAAAGUGAAGGAAUUAUUCUUACAAACCAUACUUUCCCUUUACAAUGAGAGGUGGCCUAAAAACCUUGCCAGAUACAUGGUCCGAGCCUGCAUUCCUAAUAGCCGACCAGAAUGCACAUUCUGUGGGGAAAUAAGUUGCUCUAUUUGCCUGUACAUGGAAACCACUUCCACCUUUACAAGUACUAAAACUGGUAAGGUGUAUAAUAUAUCAGAAAGGCUGAGCUGCACCACACGCAAUGUUAUAUACCUGAUCACCUGCAAGAGGUGUAGGAAGCAGUACGUGGGGCAAACUUCAAACUCCAUACGCCGCAGGUUUGUUGACCAUUUAUCUACAAUAAAUUGCAAAAAGGCCCUGUCUCUACCUGAGCAUUUCCAUCUGCCUGGCCAUUCUACACAGGAUAUAGCACUUACAGUGAUCGAAAGGGUCAGAAGUGAUCAAAACCUGCUGGAAAGAGAAAUACACUGGAUGGAAGCGCUGGGCACACUAACACCUCAUGGGCUGAAUGUGAAAAGUAAAUAGCCUGCCUAAAUAUAGCAAAUGUGUUUCCUGUCAUGUGUAAUUAGUAUAUUAGGAACACAGUUAUGGGGAAAUUGGGGGGGCAAGGGGGCACUAUAAAGGUUAAAGGGUAAAUAUAUCACACAUAAAGUUUACAUUUUUUUGUUAUUCCUAGGUUCAGAUCAUGCUGUACAUUGUGAAUGUAGCAUCAUUUAAGGCAUGAUAGCUGCCUUGAUAGUAAAACAUGUUUUUCUGAAUAAGAACUGUAUUAUUAAAUUGUGUAAAGAUA